CCCGUGUAGCGAAUUUAACAAUGGCUGACUGGUCGUUGCUUCCCAAAGACAUACUGGAACUAAUUGCUGGUCGUUUCAAGACAUGUUUUGAGAUUGUCCACUUACGAUCUGUCUGUAGCUCGUGGUGGUAUGCUCUGCCUCCGAAGAUUUCUCUCGGAAGCUUAGGCAAAAGAAGCCUUCUUCCCAUUUUCAAUGACAACCCUCGUUUUGAUGGCGAUGAGCAUUGCAUACUAAAAAAGAUUCCAGUUUUUCUCUUGAGAUUUGAGACUCCUUUUGGGAAUGAUUAUUUGUUGGCAGGGAUGACCGAGAAAAAAUCCGGUAAACAAAGGUUGUUGUCACCGUUAGAAAAUACUUAUAGGUAUAAAUAUGGAGUAACUCUCAACACUCUUAGCUCCCAAAUCAUCCCCUUGGGUCAUCUCUACAAGGUACAAUUCUAUGCUAUAACGACGAGACGCUAUAGAACACGACGUGAAUGUUAUUCCAAAAGAGUUGCGUUUCUUCCAAUGGAAAGUGAAGACGGUAGAGAUUUUGCAGUUGUAGCGGGAGUGUUAGGGGAUUUAAUGAUGUACCGAAGCUGUGACAAGAAGUGGACUCUAAUCCAAGGUCGGUUUCAAGCAUAUCGAGAUAUAGUUUCAUUCAAAGGCAAGUUUUAUGUUGUUGAUAUGAGUGGACAGGGACAUGUCUUUGUUAUCGAACCCUCAUUCAAAGUUACCGAGAUCAGUCCAGUCACACAGUCUCACGAGACUUUUGAUGAGAGACUGGUUGUAUCAGGAGACGAGUUGUUACUGGUGCAGCGGUUUACGCCGCCAGGAAAGUAUGGAACCAGAAAGACCAGUAAGGCGGUUACCGAAUGCAGAGGCUAUAUGGGUGCGUUCGGCGAAAAUCAAGAAUCCUUGGCGUCCUGUGGAAUUGUGACGAUGCUAAAUAAGGAUAAUGGUCUGUAUCCUUGGCGUCUUGCGGAAUUAUGAUGAUGCCAAAUCCAAAAGUUGGCACCUAUGACACAUCAAUUGAAUCUGAAUAAGUUCCUCAAUCAUGU